AUGCACUGCCAACCGCGAUACGUCGCACUUGAAGCCAUCGUGGAUGCCCAUAAAGUCGGACGUAUUGAGGAUGAGCCGAUCCAUAGCCCAAUCCGCAAGAUCAGUGGAGUCCGUGGACUUUAUAAUGACGUCCACCGAUCGUCAGCUGCGCAUGCUUCCAUAUCGUACUUGCCGAAAGCAGAUCCACACAUGUACUCACUGCGACACGUCACUAUUGCUAUGCUUAUGAGCGAGUCAUGUGGCAUAGAAAGUAGUCUUGUCUCUGGAACGUGCUCUGCUCCUCUUCAUCGAGACCAACCAUCCGAGGAUGUUCGAGAAAAGGUAGCGGGUUUGCCUAUUCCUACGUCUGGUUCACAGAACGGAGCUAUCCCAAGUACGGCUCCCAACCUGGCCUUGUCAAUGCCACGUACAGGGGAGAACGGCAGAAUGGAAACAUUGGAACCUGGCUCAACAGCUUUGUUCUUCACGAGGGGUCCGUACUCGUGGCAUGACGGUUCGAAAACCCCCGCGAUAGUCCACAUCCUUUCUCGGCCCAUCGCCAUUGUGUGUAGUCAUACGGGUAGUAUUGCUGGUAGAGCAAUGGAGGAAAGUAGGUCAGUUCCAUCGUUUCAGCACUUGUUUUGGGCCAUCAAGAAUGCCACACUGUUCUUCAAAAGUGUCAACACGCCAUCAGGUUCCAGGAGGCCCGAUAAGGAUUAA